CCUCGCGAUAUGUCCACGUCUGUCGGCGUGCGCAAAUAAAGAUGGUGGCUCUCGUCCGGUCCAUGUGCUUCGUGUGAGCCGAAACCAAUCCAUUUCAAGUCCGUUUCAAUAGAUAUCUUUCUUUCCACGCCGCCGGAGAAGAGGAGUGACGCUGUGAGCGGCGCGGGGAACAAAAAGGCAACAUGCAACACGACGACGUCAUUUGGGACAUUAUAGGCAACAGGCAGUUCUGCUCUUUCAAAGUCAAGACCAAAAGUCAAACUUUCUGUCGCAAUGAGUUCAACAUCACCGGUUUGUGUAACCGCUCGUCGUGUCCGCUGGCCAACAGUCAGUAUGCCACCAUCCGGGAGGAGAAAGGUCAGUGUUUCCUCUACAUGAAGUUGAUCGAACGGGCAGCGUUUCCUGCCAAAUUGUGGGAGAGGGUGAAGCUGAGCAAGAACUACGAGAAGGCUCUGGAGCAGAUCGACGAGAACCUGAUAUACUGGCCUCGCUUCAUCAGACACAAAUGCAAACAGCGCUUCACCAAGAUCACGCAGUACCUGAUCCGCAUGCGCAAGCUUGUCCUCAAGAGGCAGCGGAAGCUGGUUCCUUUGAGUCGUAAGGUUGAGCGUCGGGAGAAGCGCAAGGAAGAAAAAGCUCUGAUCGCGGCACAGUUGGACAACGCCAUCGAGAAGGAACUGCUGGAAAGGCUCAAGCAAGGAACGUAUGGCGACAUCUACAACUUCCCCAUUGUAGCCUUUGACAAAGCUCUGCAGCAGCAGGACGAGGAGAGUGAGGAGGAGGAGGAGGAGGAGGAGGAGGUCGAGUUGGAUGACGAGGAGGUCGGCAAGAGGGAGUUUGUCGCUGACGACGAAGUAGACGAGUGCGACCUCAACGACUUCGAGGACAUGAACAACUUGAGGACGAGCAGCGACGAGGAGGAUCCGGAGCAAAGCGACGAGGAAAUGUUAACUGAUGACGAGGAAGUUACAAAGAAGAGGAAAAAGUCACGUGACAAAGGCAAAUCUCCCGCCAACGGCUCAGUGGGGCACAAGAAGCGAGCGUACGUGGAAAUCGAGUACGAGCUGGAAACAGAGCAGCCCGCUGCGAAGAGCCUCACGACUUAGUCAUGUCUGUCUGUCAAUCAAACUGAACUCUCACGACAGGAUUUCAACCUACUAAACGUCAUCAUAAGUCGUCCGAAAGAUGUUCACAAGCAGCAGUUUUUUAAAAAUAGAAAAUCUGAUUACUCCAUUGUCAAAUAUUUUUACCCAUGAUGCCUCAGCAACGUUCAUAGUUACGAUGCUAAUGCUAAGUUCUAAGUCACAUUGCAUCUGUCUUUAUUUAAAAAAAAAGAAAUAUGACUUAAGCGCAUCCUGUGUUCAAACCAUUUUUUUAAAUUAAAAUUUUCUUUAAUUUGGACAAAA